AUGUAAAACCUAGAUAAAAGAACAGAUCUGGUCAGUUCAAAAUAUAAUCAAUAGGUUGAGGGGGCCAAAGGUUUGUUCGAAUACUAUAAUUCUAGAGCAAAUAGUUGCAAUCCAAUUAAUAGAUCAAAUAACAUAUCUCAUUUGUAGACAAGUUUUACUAAUUGCGAUCAAGACUCUCAUAUUGCUGAGCCAGCUUUGAGUCGUGAUGGUUAAAAUAGUAAUUCACCUAAUUUAAAAAAUUACUCGUCUAUUAGAAAUAGGAAGACUCCAGAUACUAAAAAUAGGAAUACUGGAAGUGCAGUAAGAAACCAUAGUGGCAUAGGUGAAAGCAUCAAGAAAUUUAUUGAUAAUGCUUUUGAUCCAAUAAUGGGGAAACUAAAUUUCUUUGAGAGAAGUAAUGAAAAGAAUUAAGAUAAGGAUUUAAGAAAUCAAUCAAGGAACAAUAUUUAAGUCAGUCCAUAGAUUACUAAUAGACUAAAUGAAAUACAUUAAGCUUAAGAUAGUCAUAAUGAACCAAUAGAAGAUAAAAGAUCAUCCUCUAAAAAGAGGCAAGAUUUUGAGUUUCCCUGCUCCUUAUUUUUUUAGAAUGAUGAAAAUUUUGUGGAGGAAAAACCUUUCUAACUAGGAAAGUAGAAUGAAUAAUAAAACCUAAUUACUCCGAGAAAAGAAAAUUCAAUGAAUUCAAGGGUAAAAAAUCAUUUUGACUCCAUUAAUCGAGAAAUAACUAUUAUUUCACCAAAUAUCAAAGACAGAACUAUAAAUAGCUAAACUUAAGCAGAGGGAAACUCCAAUGAGAAAGGAAAGCCUAUGAUUGGGCUUUAAACCCCAAAAAUAAAAAAGCCACCACUUUAUUAUAAGAAUAACUAAAAUAAUAACUCUAACUCAAAUGCAAAUAAUGGUAGUGGGGGAUCAAAAAAUAAUAAUUCUAACUAAAAAUUAGAAGUAAUAAGCAACAAUAAUAGUUCUUCUAUGGUGUCCAAUUCCAUAACUACAUCCUUACAAACUGUAGAAUUAAUAUACAGAUAUGAGAUAUUAGGAACUGAGAUUUACUUCUAAAACGGGAAGAAAAAGAAGAAGACAAAAAAGAGAAAAAUUCGAAUCAGAAAUGGUGAUAUGCUCAGCAGGUAAUCUGAGAGUGAACUUUUUAGUGAAUACAAAGAUCAAAGCAUAUCUGAAUCAUUUAGAAUAGAGAGCAGCAGCAUUAAAUUGACGGAAACUUAAACUUUUCAAAAUAGUCCAGAACUUUAAAACAUUAAUGUUGCGAAUACUAAUCAUUAGCCUAGAAUUGUAUUUGAAAUGAAAAAGGAAUAAAUUCCUCCCCCUACUAUUGACAUUGAAAGAAUAAAUGAAUUGAGGCAAUCCAGGAGAAAUAAUAGACAAUCUCGAUUCAAAAAUGAGAUAGAUAAAGAUGAUGAAAAGUCAAGAAGAAAUGAAAGAAAUAAAGAACCUCAUCAGAUCAAAAUAACAGAGAGUAAGCCUCAAUUAGCAAUUUAACCACUGAUAAAAUUAAGGAAGGAAUAAAUUGAUAAUAUUGAAUCUAAUAGAAAGCCGCCUUAAUAAAUUUUAAUAUCAAAGCAAAAACCACCUAAAUAAGUUAAUCAAGAUGACUCUACCAAGGAAUAGAUAGAAUAGCAGCAAGAUUACCAACCAAAGACCGCCACAAGAGGAAUUAGAAGUUAAUCUGCAGCAAAUAAUGAAAGACCUAUUAUGAGAUAACUCAAUGUUUAAAAUAAAGAGAAUUUAGCCAACAAGUAAAUUUAGUAGCCAACUACUAUAAAAGAAUUAAAGAACAAACUUAGGCUAGAUAAAGAGAGUUAACUUGAGAGUAAUAUUUUGAGCAGUGAGCAAUAACGAUAAUAAAAUUUAUAAAAUUCCCUAAAUUUGCUGAAAAGAGAAUUAGGAGGGGAUUUUCCAAUACAAAGAUUGCUGUUUAAAUAAGAUUUUCCUGGUUUAGUGCAUAAUUUUAGAUAAGGCAUUUUUAGUCAAUAAAAUGUUGAUGAAAAAGAUAAUAAUGGAAAUACUCCUAUACUUUUAGCAGCAAAAUUAGCGACAAAAAAUGAUGAAUAUCUAAAAGCUGUUAAUUAUCUUUUUGAUAAAGGAGCUAAUGGGAAAUUAAGAGAUAGCUAUGGAUGGUCCUUAAUGGAUGAAGCCAUUAGUUAGCAAAAUACCAGACUUCUUGCAAUAGUAUUUGAUUAAUUAAACAAAAGGAAAAAAUAGAGAUGGGAAAGAAGCAAAUAAUCUAUAUUUUAAAAACUUAAAUAGAUUCCAGAUUUUUAUAUAGAGCUUCAUUGGGAAUGCCAAUCUAAUUGGAUCCCCUUUAUUAGCAAAAUAGCUCCUAAUGAUACAUACCAGAUCUGGAAGGUAGGAUCCUUCCUUAGAUUAGAUUUUUCGCUAGUUAAAUUUUCAAAGCUUUCCUCAAAACGAAGGCGAAUGACUAUAUUAUUUAGAGAUACUAGAGAGGUUGAAGAUGAUUACAAGAAUAUAGAUAUAAUGCUUGUUAAUCGUGAUAGAUAAAUUAUAGUUAAUCCAUUAGAGGAUCUUGACAUGGACGAAAAAUUAGCAGUCUUGACCGAUAUUAUAAAUUCAGAUCCUACCUAAAAUGAACUCAAUAUUGAGGAUCAAGAAUGGAAAGAAUGCAAAAACUACAGAGGUGAUUCAGUAAAAGAAACAAUAAAUGAAUAUGAUUGCAAUAAAUAUAAGGUAACAGUAAGAGCUUAAAUGCAAUAAAGGAAAAAGAUAUUGAAAUAACUUGAUUACAAUUAUGAUGAAUACUUUAAUAAAAUGGCGAAUGAGGAAGAGAAAAAACUGGUAACCAAGGUUUCAAAAGAUGUCAAAAAAACAGUUGAGAGUUAUCUAUGGCUAUCAAAUGAAUUCCCACUAAAAAUUUAAAAUUUCCUAACUGUUCUUAAGACUCUUUCUCUAGGAGGCAAUGCUAGUAUGUCUAAAAUGAAAGAUUUUAUGAAAAAUUAAUCACUGAAAGAAGUAAUCACCAACAAUGGCUUUCCAGUAAAGAUAUAAAUUCCAAUUUAGUUAAGUAUAAAAGCUAAUGUAACUUUCAAUAAAUUUAGGUAUCUAGAAAACAGCCCUCAGUUUAUUAAAGAAACCUUCGCUGUACCAAGUGACUGUAAAUAUAUUAAUAGAAAGGAAGGUAUGAAAACCUUAGAGAAUAAGAAAAAGAGACUCGCCUUUGCAAACCUUGCUAUCUGA